CCAAAUCUCGUCCGUCAAUGAAUCGACCAACUGUAGUCGAUGUUAAUGCGAAUUCUGCCAUUGUUGAAUCAGUCGUUCACGUCUCAAUUCUCACUGAUUAAAAAUAUGGAGGAAUAGCUUACACUUUUUGGUAUUAACUGUUACAGAUGUUGCAUUUGUCGAAACACACCACAGAUAUCAAAUGCCGACUCAUUGUUUUGACGUCGACAGCAACAGUUACUGACAACUCCCAGCAAAUUCAAGCAGCUGACAACACAAGCGUUGACGAUGAUAUCGGAAGAUAAAACCCCUACCAACUUUAAGUAUAUAUGGUUGAAAUAUGACGUUAAUAGUUCUGACAAACAUCAGCUAUUCAUUAAAGAACAUUCCGUGAAAAGGCAACAACCAGAGCAUCCGAAAGGUCGUACCCUAUUCGUAUUGAAUAUUCCUCCUUACGCAACAAAGGAUUCUGUUAAAAAUAUUUUCACCAGACAUUGUGGAGGUAUUACGAGUGUGAGUUUACAUCCAGCCCCAGGAGGCUCCCAAAAUGGUUUCAAAACUGGUUACGUAGUAUUCGCCAAAGGAUCUUCAGUGGAGAAGGCUCUUACUCUUCCAAAAGAUUUUACAGUUGUCUUGGAAAACGAGGAGACCCCUCAACAUCCACUGGGUCUACUCAAGUGGUGUAGGGAGUACAAUGAGGAAGCAAAUGUUGAUGAGAAGACCAUGAAAGAAGAAAUAGCGAAAUAUAUGGCAGCCUAUGACAAAAGGAUCGAAGAACGUUUGGCUAUGGAGACGAACGAAGAAGAUGCGGAUGGAUGGAUUACGGUUUCGAGCAAAAAGAAGAGAGGCCAGUUUGCUCCGAGCAGGAAGGAAUCUACUAUUGAUAAAUUGCAGCAGAAAGAGCAGGAGAAGACUAAGAAGAAGGAAUUACUCAAUUUUUAUACUUUCCAAAUCAGAGAAUCUAAAAAACAACAUCUGGCGGAAUUGCGAAAGAAAUUUGAAAUGGAUAAACAAAAGCUACAGCAAUUGAAAACAAAGAGAACUUUCAAACCUUUUGCUUGAUCUAUAUAAAAUUUUAUUUAUAAAAAUAGAAUAAAUUUUAUUAAACUACAGCUCCUUUACUACCAUACGUUAUCAAUGUCCAUUCAAUGAGAAAGUGUCGACAUGCGAGAGGUUGUAGGAGAGCCAAUAAUUCCUCUGAAAAAAAAAACAAUGAAGAUGAACGAUCUGCAAACAUAAACGCAAAAAAUUGAUAAUCAUUUCAAUGGGGUUCUUACGUUUGUUUCCGUAAAUACAAUUAGCAGACAUUGCAGUACUGACGGCCUGAGCCAAUCUCUCCAUGGCUAGAUUCCUCCGAGGUUUAUUGUCAGCAGUUUCAGGCUCCUCUAAUAAUGUCGUUAAGGCUCUUGUGGUUUGUGCCAGGUGCUGGGUGGAAAUGGCGUGCUUAUUGCUGCCGCUGUUUUUUAAUCUCAGAACUGCAUCCAUCAAGAGUUGUUGGAUCUUUGAAUAAAAUUGGUUGCGCUCUUCUAUGAUUGUAUUUUCCACAUUUUCUGGCUUUGAUCGAGCUGGACUCAAUAUGCACCAUCU